AUCAUCCUGGAGGAUCUCCGGCUCCUCGCCUAGCGUAUCACUUAUGAGGCCUUGCAGUCGAAUUCGUCCAUUGACACUCCAUGCUUUCUCCCGAAACAUCCCAAGGGACAAGAAGGGGGUUUUUUGUAUUAUCGAUUUUGAGCGUGCAUCCUACGAUCACUCUUGCUCUACGGCCCUGUUUGGAACUCGACAGUCUGGCGCGCAAGUUUGAGUCUCUUGCAGAAGGGUGGCGGAGAGUGAUGUUUCCGUUGUACCUUGUAUACUUAGUACAGAACGUGUCUGACGAAAAAUCGUAUACACUAUCUUGCGAAUCUUUUUCAACCGAUUCGAAGCGGUUUACAUGCUGAUAUCAGCGAAACGUAUGUUGUUCUGUCGCCACCAUGGUAUGAAGUUAAAGCUGAAUGUGAGUCUCGAUUGAAGAGCGGAUCCAAAUGCG